AUGCAAGUCUUACUUGCUUUAUUCUCUAUAUUGGUGCAAUUGAAUGAAGUGGAUAUGUGCUUCUUGUGCCCAUUGAGAGAACCCCCACGACCCCGUCCUCUCGAUCAAUUUCAGCUGCCCACUUUCCCCAAAAUGCCUUCAACCGAUCAAGUACCACCUUUGUGUGAAUAUGCCAAAAAAUUGCCUAUUGAGGGAGCUUGCCAAAAAGGUUUCCAAAAAUUGCUGUGCUCAGCCGAAAAAUUUACAAGCACAUUGCUGAAUGGAUGCCCUGGCAGUGAUCAACCAAAACAAUGUUCGAAUUGUUCUCGGGAAAAGGCUGAUAAUACAUGGUUGAUUAGUUGGUUUGAUUCGUUAGGAAAACCCCCAUCGGGCAUCAGUGACGGCAAUUAUUAUUGGCUGGGUGACUACGAAAUUUGUCAUGAUUUGCGAAUCCAAAAGCGUUUUCGAGGUCAAUAUUGUCGGGUUGAGCUUGAGAUACCAGAUGCACAAGUUGAAUCAGGAUGUCCACAAACAGAUCCAUUGGCGAUUAUUUUGGGAGUGUGUUUCCCAGCUGAAUGUACGACUGAAGAACUUGCUGUUGUAGCAGAAUUCAUUUCUCCAUAUUCUUCGCACGUCGACUGUGAGGUUCACGUCGAAUGGUCAUUAAGUGCCAAGAUUUUCUUAUUGGUCACAUGUUUAUGGACUCUAUUGAUCCUCGUCUGCACCGGACUUCACAUCCGAGAUCCCGAUCUUCCACUCGCUCUUUAUUGCCUCUCUUUAAAAGUCAAUGGAGCUCGAGCGCUUUCCACAAAAAGAGACUAUAAUUUACAUGCUCAACAAGGCCUUGAAUUCAUCACAUUCUUUGCAUUAAUCAUCGGAAUGGUCUACAAUUUCAUGCUUCCAUAUAUUGAAAAUGUUGCUUUUGCAUUUGAUGGUGUUGCGGUGGCUCCAAUGCAUCUCGUCAACAACUAUUCCUAUCAUAUCGACGGAUUACUAGCACUAACCUCUUUCUUUACAACUUCACUUUUGAUGGGACAUAUUGUUAGUUUAAAAGACAUUAUCAGUGCGAUAGUGAGAAAGCUAGUCAGAUUCAUGCCCAGUUAUAUAUUUAUCGUAGCAUUUAUGUCGGUUGUCUUUGCCAAUGUUGGAUCAGGUCCAAUGUGGAUCCACGGAGAUACGGUGCAACGAUGUGAGCGUUCUUGGUGGAAAAAUAUUCUACUUAUCAAUAAUUUCUUUGGAGUCCGAGAAACAUGUGUCGAUUUCGGACACGUGAUUUCUCUAGAGGCUCAAUGCUUUGCCCUUCUAAUCAUUUUGAUCUACUUUGCCAAUCAUCAUCGUAUAGCUGCUCAGGUGCUAGCUGGUGUAUUCGCAUCGAUUUCAAUCAUUGUCAGCUUUUACUUGGUGCUCACAAAUGCUCUUCCCCCAGCACCAAUGCUUACAACAGAGCCCGUCGAUUCUUCUAAAACGGAAUUUCUACUUUCGUCAGUCUUGAUCGCUUUUGUGCCAAGGCUUUCAGCAUACAUGAUUGGCUUUAUCUAUUACUUUUAUUUCAAUAUGGAAGAAAUAGAAGAGAGUCAUUAUGUUGAUGAUCCAAAUCAAAAAGCUGAGAAAACACAUCAUAAUGGAAAAACACUUUCUCUUCUUUUGAUGGGUUUGACAGCUUUUUUGAUGGCAGGAGUCGCUUUCUCGAUGCUCCCUUAUGCUACAACGUAUUCAGGUGCUCAAUGGUGGCUGGCCACUUAUGCGGCGCUUCAUCGUCCCGUUUGGGCUUUCGCUAUCGUAUCUCUAUUGUGGCUGUGUCAGAACAAGAAUUUCUCUGAGUUGAACUCCUUCCUUUCAUGGCGUCUUUUCUCUCCAUUGUCGAAGUUGACCUAUCAAGCGCUCAUCAUCGCCGAGCCAUUGAUCCUCUACUUUUUUUCGGCUCUUCACCGUCCAUCACACGCCACUCAUUGGAGCACCUUGUACGCAGCGGUAAGCACAGCGGCUGUCUCCUAUCUUUUCGCUCUUCUCAUCGACAUCUUUCUCGCUCGUCCUCUCAGAAACAUUCUCUACAGCCGAUCAAUUCAUCGUCGUCGCUACACGAUACCGGGAAGAAGCAACUCGUUGCGAACGGGAAUU